AUGGCAUCUUCGCCCCGAGAUGCCAGGCGAGGCGGCAAGCCCGGCGGCGGCCACGCUGCCUUCGGCACCAAGGACAUCUCCGCCUGGGGCAGUUUCGUCUUCAACUUCAACAACGCCACCGGCCCCGCCCUCGUGUGCCUGCCCCUCUGCGUCCAGCAGGCAGGAUGGGUGUUCCCCCUAUUCCUUCUGUGGUUCAUAGCAGCAUGCUCUGGCGUGGUCGCCAUGAUGCUGUGCGAGGCCAUGCAGCGCAUCCCUGGCAACCACAAGCUGACACAACGAUAUGAGUACUGCACUAUGGUGAAGCACUACAUGGGCAACCGGUGGUACAUGUUCACCACAGUGAUGUACAACCUCAGCCUUCUGGCCACAAAUGUGGCGGCCAUCGUCAUAACAGCUCAGGUCAUGGACAACUGCAUUUUUCAUGUUUGUCGUGGCACGUACGGCCUUGACUACGGAACCUUUCCUCCCACAUUCGUCCAUGCUGUGGAAAAGGGCUCUGGUGGAACGGCAGGGACUGUGCACUGGAGCAGUGGGGGAGACAAUGUUGUGUCUCUUGGCUUUCUCGUCAUCUCUGCCCUUAUUGUGCCGAUAGGGGCAAUGAACCUCGACGAGAGUAUGUGGCUUCAAUGGCUCUCUUUUGGGAGCCUUGUGCUGUUCACCAGUGCCUUCAUCGUUCAGUUCGUACAAGACGCCGCUGCCAACAUACAGGAUAUAAAUGAACUGGCACCCCCCGUCACUGACCUUAUGGGGCAGAUACCUGUGCUUGGGGUGGUACUGUUCGCCAAUGCCUACAUGGUUACAAUUCCCUCGUGGGUCAAUGAGAAGGCCCCCAACGUGAGUGUCACGAAGGCAACCUGGCUUCCAGCAGGGGCAGCAGCUCUUCUGUCGUCCAUAUUUGCCAUCACAGGAGCGUGGGCGUACAAGCUGCUCGAAUUUCCCGAUGGUGUUCAUGGCAAAGACCGUGGGCAUCCCAAAGAUGGGGCUGGCGACGUGCUUAAUUAUGUUUUGGGGCCUGGCUCCAGCUGGUGGAUGUUCAUGUGUGGCUACCUGUGGAGCCUGACCGUCCUUGUGCCUGGCAUCCCUAUUCUGGCAAUCGUCGUGCGGUACAACCUUCAGUCAGGUGGCGCCUCCAGGAGUUUUGCCUUCAUCCUGUCCUCUGUCCUCCCCGUCCUCGUGACGGCCUUUUUGUAUGAGAGAGGAAUCCUUCAGGGGCUCUGCCAGUGGGUGGCAGUCUUCCUGCAGGGGUUGAUUAACUUCGUGUUGCCGCCCAUUCUAUAUCGAAAAGCGAUCAUCACAUACGGCACCGGGCACCCUGGCGAGAGGCUCAUGCGGCCUCCACCUCACCCCCACGAUGCUGUCGACGGGGAAGAAGAUGCAGCCAAGGACCUGGAGUCCGAAGGUCUGCUCCUGUUGCAUCCUGCGGGUCACCCGCCAUUCAGCAACAACAUCGACGGCAUGGGGGCCGCGACUGCGACGGGCGGUGAUUCAAGACACCCUGGACACCGCACCGGUGAUGUUGACGGGGAAGCGAUGGUGGGGAGCGCACCCCAGAGCUUGCCCGCCGACGGCCAAUGGGAUUCGAUUUCCGCCCCCCUCUUGGCGCACACGGACGGACUGGAGGGGGACGAGCACAGGCAGGUGGAAAUACAGGCGGUGCCCAGCUGGAUAGGAGUGAGCAAAUUGGCAUUCGCUGACGGGCUUGCGUGGAUGCUCGGUGGCUUGUGCACGCUGGCCGUCAUCCUGACUCUGUGCGGCGCAAUAUCCGACGCAGACACGGCUGACAAAGGUGGAUUCCAAUGA